AAUCCUGUUCAGCACAUUGUGAAGUGGUCAGGGUGAGAAGGAGAGUCAGACCAAGUCAGGAAGAAGCCAACAGGAGGUUUCCUCCAAGUCAGUGUUUCUUUGCAGCAUGGGGAAUUCUAAGAGUGGGGCACUGUCCAAGGAACUUCUGGAGGACCUGAAGUCCAAUACUAAGUACAACGAGGCCGAGCUGUGUGUCUGGUACCAGUCCUUCCUCAAGGAAUGCCCCACAGGCAGGAUCACCAAGGAGCAAUUUGAGGGCAUCUAUGCCAGCUUCUUCCCUAACGCAGACCCUACUGAGUACGCAAGGCAUGUCUUUAGGAGCUUUGAUACCAACGCAGAUGGUCAACUGGACUUUAAGGAGUACAUUGUGGCCCUGCACCUUACCUCCGGAGGCAAGACCCUGCAGAAGCUCGAGUGGGCCUUCGCACUCUACGACGUGGAUGGAAACGGAACCAUCAGCAAAAAUGAGAUCCAAGAGAUUGUUAAGUCAAUAUUUAACAUGAUCCCCGAGGAAGACCAAAACGACCUGCCAGAAGAUGAGAACACACCUGAUAAGAGAGCAGACAAAGUCUGGGACUUUUUUGGAAAGAAAGAAGAUGACAAGAUUGCAGAGAGGGAAUUCAUUCAAGGAGUGAUGGACAACAAGGACAUCCUACGGUUGAUUCAGUAUGAUGAGCCCCAAAAAAUCAAGGACAAACUGAAGGAGAAGAAACAAUAGCUUUCCGACAAAAUCAUUCUUUUGAAUUCUAUAAGACUGUUCAGAGCUUUACUGUUUACAAACCCAACUCUCCUGCCAGACCUGGGCUCUUUGUGCGCUAGACAACAUUGGCAUACACAUUGAAGUACCGCACAUUGUGGUGGAUGACCUGUUUGUCUAUGAGCCACCUGGACUUUUCUUCCCACUCAAAUAACUGUUCCGUGCUCUAGAAUUAUGGGUAUUCUUUUCUAUUUCGUAUUGAAAUAAUGGUUUCCAAGAUUCUGUUGCCUGCUGCUGUGUUCACUUGCGUUCAUUAGUUUAAUAAAGAGAAAGCCACCAGGAAAGGACCCACUGGGCACACACUGGUUGAAUCAAUGUUGUUUCCAAGAUAUUUAUAUGAAAUUAUGUCGAACCAACAUUGAACUGACAUCUGUGCCCAGUGGGGAGCUUCUUAUGAAGGGAAUUAGGAUGAAGUUAACAAUCCCUGUCUUACUAUCAAUCCUAUUAGUAUGUGAAGGUCAGUUUAGAAACAUCCUGGCAGAGGUUUCUUAUUAAGGUAAUCAUGUCUAUAGAAUGUGUCUUAUAAUGUGCUUAGCAGGACUGAAACCUCAUACAAUGUACAGUAUUCAACUGGUAGAACAAAGGAAAAGGAGUAUUUUUCUUGAAUAUUGUUGACAUUUUGUUGACGCUGUCAGAGACUGCUGGAAACUAUAAUACAAAACACUGUGAAAAAAGACAUUAUAAAGCGGUUCUAAAAAACGUUUAAAUGAAUAAAUAUAUAUACUGCUUUGAGUGAACAUGCAGAUUGGUCACUUCAGGUAGCUAUGUUUUUAAAGGGAUUUAGGUAGAGAAAACUAGUAAAUGUGAUAUGUAAUAUUCAUUUUUGGUUGAAAGAUUCAAUGCAUUCUAAAAAGAGCAAUACAGAUGUGCUUUCAAACAUUGUCUGCCUGGUCCUGAGGGAAUGAGAUUUCUCUCUUGUUUGCAUUUUUAUUGACCUUCAAUAAGCGUGUAUUUAAGUGUGUAGAGUUGUUACUUUGUUUAGAAAUGGUAUCAUCGUGAAUUUGAUCAUAUAAAACACCCUAUGUUGGUUUAUAUUGUUAAAGAGACAUACUAUAGUAUCAAAUACAAUAACUGUCUUUGUUUACAAGAACAAUAGUAAACAUAACUAAAUUACCAUAAUUGCAAUCUAAGAGAAUGGCUCAAUAGUGUUAAUGAGAUUGAGGAGCAGCCUCAAACUAUGAGAAUAGAAAGGUUCAGAACUUUUAGUGAAAAAUAUAUGGCAAGUAGAAAUCAAAACUAGAGCUAGAUGGGAGGGACUAAAGGGUAGCUGAAGGGUGGGACUAAAGGAAGAGGGAUAACUAAGGUAUAAUGUACUGUGUCUGUAAAAUGUAUUGUAUAAGCAGGAAGUAUAAGUCUAAGUAUUGUUGUCCAUUAGUUUACUCCAAUUAGGAGAGGGGUGGUAGGGUUAGGGGAAAAUAAUAAAGAAGAAAAAAAUAUAUAUUGGAUAUGAUGCAAACAAUUACAUUGAUAGAACCCACAAUCUAUCUGCAAUAUUAAAGAUGAUCUAGAUUGAGGAGCAGCCCGCUCCAUACAUUACACACGUCAAAUAAUUCAUUACAGAACAUGUGCUUUAACUCCAAUCAUGUCAUCUUGGCACUGAACUUGUCCAAGCUGUAAGGUCAGAAUUACAGGGCUUGACUCGUUCUCUCUCUAAAGCCUGAUUUGGCUCCCAGUAAUGCAUGGCCUGGUUUCAUGUCAAUAUUCCCCCACCUGGCCUAUCUCCCUGGAUCUCCCUGGCCAAUCCACAGACAGUCAGAGGGAAGGGGAUUGACUGUAAAAGCCGGAGGCAAAAAACUGAAUUUCAUCUGCUUAUUGGGAUGAAUCCAAUUCAUUUAAACAUGUCCCAGAACUUGAAGUAAGCCAAACUGUAUGUAAGCCAGUAUAUGAUAAUGAAGCAAAACCCUUUUAAGUCUUGUCAAAUCGUAUUUCAAAGGAAAUGAUUUAUUGUAGACACAGCAUUCUACAGUAUAUUGUCUGGACAAAGGUCACCAAUGAUUUGACAUUUCUUUAAAGAUUGGAAACAUUUCAAUUGAUGUACAUGAGAAAUGGAAAUCAGUUAACAAAAGGCAAUUAAAUCAACAUUAACAUUACUACAAAAUGACUGGUUAAGUUAAGUACAUUAACUUCUAAUGUAAGAACUUUACCAUAACGCAUAUAACAUUGACACAUACUGUAGCAGGAUAACUUAUACAAUAAGUACAA